AUGACAAACGGGACGUCGAUUAGAGAAUUCCUUCUGCUGGGACUUACAGAUGACCCAGCGUUAAAAGCUGUGAUAUUCUUUUUUAUGCUGUUCACAUACUUAUUGAGUGUAAGUGGAAACAUGACCAUCAUAACGCUAACACUGUCAAGUGUUUCUUUGAAGAGUCCCAUGUAUUUCUUCCUCAGGAAUUUCUCUUUCUUAGAAAUUUCAUUCACAACAGUAUGUGUUCCUCGGUUUCUUAUUAGCAUUGCUACAGGAGACACAACCAUUUCCUAUAAUGCUUGUAUGGCACAAGUGUUUUUUUUAAUCCUGCUGGGUGCAACAGAGUUUUUCCUACUGGCUGUCAUGUCCUAUGACCGCUAUGUAGCUAUCUGUAAACCCCUGCAUUAUACAACUAUCAUGAGCAACAAAGUCUGCAAUCAGCUUGUCAUUGGGUCCUGGCUGGCUGGAUUUCUUGUUAUUUUCCCCCCUGUUAUUAUGGGCCUCCAACUGGAUUUCUGUGAUUCCAAUGUUAUUGACCACUUCACCUGUGACUCUUCUCCUAUGUUGCUGAUUUCUUGCACAGACACAAAGUUUCUAGAACUUAUGGCAUUUUUCUUAGCUGUGUUCACACUCAUGGUAACUUUGACCUUGGUGAUUCUUUCCUACACACUUAUCCUUAGAACGAUCCUGAAGAUCCCAUCUGCCCAGCAAAGGAAAAAGGCCUUUUCCACGUGUUCUUCCCAUAUGAUUGUGGUUUCCAUUUCUUACGGGAGUUGUAUUUUCAUGUAUGUAAAAACAUCAGCAAAAGAGGGUGUGGCUUUGAGCAAAGGUGUAGCAGUGCUUAAUACCUCCGUUGCUCCCAUGUUAAAUCCUUUCAUAUAUACCUUAAGGAACCAACAGGUGAAACAAGCCCUUAAAGACUUAAUCAAGAAAGCAUUAUUAUCUAAGAACUAUUAA